UCUGAUCUGGUCUUGUGGCUGGCUCCAUCGAUUCAUCAUCGAUUGGUUGGUAGGCAGGCGCUCCUCCCUUCCCUUCCCAAUUCCCCAAUUCCCAAUUCGCUUCGCUCCCAACCCUACCCCGAUGGCUCCGCCGCCGACCAGGGAGGAGCCCGCCGCCGACCAACCGGUUACCUCCCGAUCGGAACAAGGAGCCGACCAGGCUCCGCCGCCUCUACGCCACCAGCUCAUGGGGGCCUGCCGCGCCGACGAGCGCCUCAGGCCGCUCCUCGUCCUCAACGUAUCCUGCGCCGCCGCCGACGACCGAUUCAUCUCCCACCUCUCCCAGCACUUCGAGGUGUCGGAGCUGGGCAUGCUCGCCAGAUGCCUCUGCGUCCCCCUCGUCUCCCUCCGCGUUGGCAAGGUCCAGAGGCAUGGCGCCCUCCUCUGCCCAACACCCAUUAGAGGGAAGCUAAACCUUGGUCUUCUGCCUUCAUCUAGCUUGCGCCUUACCUUUGCUGGUGAUGAUGGUUAUUCGGAGCAACUAGCGCUCUUCAACAACACUUUCGAAUUUUCAGAAGUUGUGAUUGAGGAAAUAUCAGCUGAUAAUUCUGGACGCUCUUUCCUAAUCAGGAUUUCAGAAUCAAAAGUAUUUUACUACUGGUGUGCUGAGAAGUCAAAGGAACACGGAAUGGAGCUUCUUUCAAAGAUGAAAAACCUUCUGGACGGGAGGCCAACGCUCUCCGAUCUCACAGGCAUCUCCAAUUCACGACUUGACGCUUUUGCUUCCCAUUUACACACUUAUCUUCUUACUUCAAGUAUUGGUGAUGUUAAAUCGUUGGGAUCAUUUAUUGACGUUCUGAGUACUUCAAGACCGCAAGAUCAAUAUUUACAGCCCCACUCGUCUGUUUCCAAGACUUCCAGGUUUCGCGCCUCUGCAACUAAUGCAACAAAUGCAGGCUCUGUCUAUCAAACCAGUCUAAGUCCCAGAUCAGGCACUUUUAAAGAUGGGGUGCCAAGGACCUCUUGUACAAAGGUUGUUGGGAGAGAGAAACUGAAGCGACGUGGGGAAUGUUCAGGCCUGUCAACUGCUCCUAUUGAUGCAAACAGUGUCAACCUUGAUUCUACCGGUGAGAAGUGUGAUGUGGAUUGUUCAAGAAACAUUGUGACCUCAGUUCCAUUAGACUCGCCUCUUUCAUUUCCUUUGCUGCCAUCUAUUUAUCCUCUUGCCUCUUGUCCGCUGCCUGAGGUUUAUUCGGAGAAGCAGUUUAAGCCUUACUACUGCUGGUGCCCACCAUGUCCAUCUUCACUGCAAUACAGUGUUACCCCUUUGCAUCUGCCAGCUACAUCUGUAGAACCUUUGCCCCUACCGCCUUUCAGUUCACUGCUAUCGAAUGAAAUGCCGCCUUUAGCAGUUUCUGCAAAGCUGGAUACAGCUGAUCUCCCUUCCCUUAAUCUACCAUCGAUACUGCGUGAUCCCUUGCUUCACCUGCCGCUUCCCACUUCACCACUUGUGCCCCUACAUGGUUCACAGGUUCCAACAUUCACACCGUUGAUGUCUGAUCCCAUUGUGCAUGUCCCAGUCAUUGAUGUAUGUUCUGCAGGCCAGGCAUAUCUGGUGAGUUGUGGACCUUCUAUAUCUUCAACUGUUCCCCUGCUCCCUAGCUUGAAGCCUCUGCUUCCAGAAGCAGAAUCAUUGGUCGAGAGAAGUGCUAGGGAAACACUAAUGAGGCUCAUAGCUUCGACACCACCUGCAAGCAAUCCUCAGUUGUCCAACAUUUUCCCUGUGGUCAUGCCUGAUCUGCCUGAAAAUCUCUCUCGAGCUAAUAAUGUGAACAAGCAUGUUGAUGCUACAUCUUGCUUUGUUGAUGUGUUUGGAAGUGGGAUUGGAGCCAUGGAAUUGCACUCCGAGGAUGGAGUUUCUAGUGGAGAUGAUUCUCAUGCACCGUUUGCAGAAUAUGAUGAUACCAGCAACAAUUGUGAUCUGCAGCAUUCUCAGCAAAUUUAGUUUGCAACUGUUUGGCUUGUCGCUAUGAAACGUCAUAAUAUUUUGAACGGCAGUUGCAUGUGCAUGGUAAUAGGCGUGACGAAUGUGAUGUGUUCUGUAUGCAGCCUGUUUGCCAUGAUUUUUAUCUGCCCAGCCAACGGGCUCAUUUGGUUGGCAAAUGUAAUUAGUUGUCUGUACUGUGUUUAUUUUACAUACUAACUGCGAACCACUUAGUGAUUUUGAUCGUUUUUUCAUGCACUUUCA